AUAUUAGUCGCAAUGUAAGAGACUCCUAUAAAUAGAGAUGAUUUUCUGACACUUUCUCUCCAUAUCAUUUGAGCUUUUGUUCAAGUAACUUGCAAGAGUGUGCACAAUGCCUGUGGAUAUUAAGACAGUGGCUUGUGAAGAUAGUGAUAUACCAAAUUGGCUGAAUCAACCAUUUUUUGAGAAUAUUCUUCGGAAGCGGAAGAAGGAAGAUGGUAUUUUCGUGGAUUCUCUUCAGCUGGAAUUUGUGGGAGGAAAAGGGGAAAAUUAUGCAAGUACACUCUAUCGUGGACAAUUCAAUAGUACUCUAAACCGAAAUAAAAGAAGGUAUUCCAUGAUCAUCAAAACAACGUACGAGGAUAACCAACUUGCUAACGAUAUUUUGAGCGAGUACAAUAUUUUCAAGCAAGAAAUGGAGAUGUAUGAUCAAAUUCUACCAGAAUAUCAGAGAUUAUUGCGCACUAUUGAUGAUCAUUCCCAAAUUUCACCCAAAUCCAUUUACUGUGACUAUGAUAAUAGCAUUAUCGUGUUUGAGGAUCUCAGUGCUAGGGGUUUCAAAAUGGUUGAUAGGAGAGUCAGGUUGGAUCGUUAUCAUGCAGAAUUAGUCCUUAUGAAGCUUGCACGACUUCAUGCAGCAUCUGUAGCUGUUGAAGCUAAAUCCACCUAUAAUUUGAAGAAGUUUCAAACAGGCAUGUUCAACCGGAAAACUUCAGGAGUCUCCUCAUAUUUCCUCACCAAUCUCGAUGCCCUCAUUAAUUGUAUAUCAAAGUGGAAGGGUUACGAGUACUAUGCUGAUAAAUUGAGAAAACUUAGACCACAUCUCGAGGAAAGAGCACGACAGAUGUAUGACCCGAAAGACGAUGACCUUAAUGUUUUGAUACACGGUGAUCUAUGGACUAACAACGUAAUGUUCAAGUACAAUAAUCAGGAGCAACCAAUUGACGUGCAAAUAGUUGAUUACCAAUUUAUGUGUUGGGCACCUGCAACAGUUGAUCUUCACUACUUCUUCAACACUUCACUCAUUGAAGAUCUAAGACAAACCUCAAUUGAUGAAUUGGUGCAAUUCUAUCACAAACAUCUUAGUGAUACGCUUCAGAAAUUAGGUUUGGGCGAGAAAAUUCCAACACUUCAUCAAUUUCAAAUAUCUAUGCUGAAAAAUGAAUUCGGUCGUCUAAUUUACGGUCUUUUAAGUCAACCAGUGAUGAUUGUGGAUGGUGAAGCAGCCGCUGAUGCGGAUUUCAAUGCAAUUAUUGGCUUGGACAGCAGAUCACUUCAGUUCAAAGAGAAUGUGUACAAGAAUGAAAAGGUUCACUGUGCCAUACGACACCUACUCCCUCGAUUGGAUCACAGAGGUCUGCUUGAUUGUUGAACACACUACGAAGCAAUUAUUACCAAUUUAAUUUGGGCUCUAUGACGAGAUCACAAGAGUUCAAUUGAAUUCAAUUGCAUCAUCAAAGUUAUAUCAAAUUUUCUACUGAUUUUUGCAGAAUUCCUGAGUUUAUCAUGGGUUGUGGACUAUUUAGAAAAUAAAUAAAUAAAUAAAUGAAAAUUAAAAUUCUCACCCUAUCAA